CAACCUUCAMAGAACAGCCGUGGUGAUACCGUGGUUACAAGUGGAUUUUAUUCACCAAUUAGGCGACUUUUGAAGGCAGCUGGUUGCACUGGGUUUUUUAAUGAGGUGUAAAAUUAAAGGUAAACACAAACGCCACAAACCUGACACUUUUUUCUCUCUCUUUUUUUGCGAUAAAUAAAUAAAACGUAUAUUAAUUCCCUUCUUACUCCACAAAUACGCACUACUUUGUGUUGGUCUAUCACAUAAAAUCCAAGUAAACCACACUGAAGUGUGGGCUUGAAUUUGACAUGUCAGACAGUAUGAUUACUUUACCAGUGAGCUGCAGUUUCUCGGAUUUGUGGCGCUAGAAGCGGGUUUCCAAUCUGCGACCAAUCAUUGACCAGGAUAGUAAAUGAAAGAAGAGAAAAGGAGGGGAGCCAGAGGAARAAAAAAAAGGAGGGGGGGGGGUUGGACUUUUUCCUUUCUUUUUUUCGACAGAGGGAGGGGUGUUGUGGAGAAAUGCUCGGCGGACCGUGAAGCGUUACAGCCAGAAGCAGGACAAAGACGCGCGUAGCGGGGCAGCAUGACAGAACUAUGUCUUCAAAAACAACUCUGGGAAGCGUGGAGGGAUGCUAAAAGUUAUACUUUUUGAGUGAAACGAACCGAGGAGUUGUGAGAAACAUUAGUAGUAAUAAGAGCGGAACUCUUGUUGACUUUGGACAGCUGCAGUCUGCAGACUGCAGUCCGGAGGAUCCUGGUUUGGAAAGCGCAUACUUCCAGAGAUGACUGUUUCUGCGCUCUUUCUCUACUUCGCAGCCGCUCCUGGUUGUUUCUGCUGUUACGAAGCCCAGCAACAGGAAGCGAGACCAACACGGCUGCAGGCUUGUGGAACAUCUGCACAAACACCUCGUUGGUAACAAAACCUCUGUCGGACCUUCGCUUGCUUGACUUGUUCCGAUCCUGAUGUGCACGUCACACGCCACAAACUUCAGCCAAGCAUGAGAUGUCAGUGCAGCUCGCUGGCGCUUCUCCUGUGGCUGCUGGCGGCUUUGGACGCCCAGCUAGUUUGCUGGAAGGCGAUCCUGAAGUGCCACAACGAGCCCGAGUGUGAGCUCGCCUACAACCAGUACUUGGCGGCAUGCGAGGGGAACAUCCGCGGGACGAGGAGCCAGUGCCCGAGCCACUGCAUCCAGGCGCUGAUCCGGCUCAACAACACCCGCAGCGGGCCGGAUCUGGAGACCUGCGACUGCGCGCAGGACCCGAGCUGCSUCGGCGCGAAGCGGGCCAUCGAGCCGUGCCUGCCCCGCAGACACCCCAGCGAUGCAGGGGGCAUCGGCUGCAUGGAGGCCCGCCAGCGGUGUGAUGAGGACAGCAGCUGCCACGCCUCCCUCACGGCCUACCUGUCGUACUGCGGGCAGCUGUUCAACGGCAGGCGGUGCUCCUCCAGGUGCAAGGCCACCAUCCAGCAGAUGCUGUUCAUCCCGAACGGCGUGCUGCUGAACCGCUGCGUUUGUGACGGCGUGGAGAGACCCUUCUGCGAGGUGGUCAAGGAGAACAUGAGCAAGCUUUGCUCCAUCGGGGACCACAGCGUUGCUUCCGACCAGCCUGAAGUUGAGGAGWUCUACGACGAUGAGGAUGACGACCGAAAAGUUGACAGGGAGGAGGGAUACACUGACAGCUCCUCWGCGUGCCAGAGGUUACCCAGCUUCCUGAUGUGUGUCUUUCUAUGGAUAUUAUUCUGAGGAGAUGGAUUUCCGACUGGAAUGUUUGGAUAUAUCAAUCAAAGGGAGACCCUUUUUUUUUUUUUUCUUUGAGAGCGCAAACCCCACGAUGAAUGUUUCGGCUGGGCCUCUCUGACACAGAGCGCGGGAAGUGUUGUCAAAAAUACCUUUAACUGUUUUUCCUUUUACGUGAAAGGGAAUGACCUGAAGCAGACUUUUGUUGGGAACACUUUGAGUGCCUUUAAACAGCUCUUGUUUAUUUGGUUAGCUUUCAUUGCUUCUUAAAGUGUGGCUUUAUUAAGACUUUAGACAAACACUGGAGCCAUCCAGCCUCUGUUUGCUCUCCUCUCCAUUGCAGAGGCCUUAGCAUUGUUGCAGUAACCACACUUCAAAUAKUUGUGGGAACCCGGACAGGCCUGUGUGUGGGUCUGACUACUUAAAUUAACUGAAGUGCUUCUCCAGCACUCCUGCUUGUCCCCCUCCCCCAUCCAGAGAUUGUUUUAUUGAACUCUUCCUGACUUCUCCMCACCCCUCUCUUCCUCCUCUCUGCAGCCUGGACCCCCUAAAAGCUUUUAAAAGCUCCCUGACUUUAUUAUUGCUUUCACACGGCCACAACACUUUGAGAGAAUCUGUCAGCUGUCAAAAUGGGUGAACAUAAAAUGUCUGCAUUUUGUUCUCAGCAUUUGCUGAAGUCAUCAAAAAGCAGAACUUUUCUCUUAACCCAAUUUUUAGUUUAAAGCACGAGGAAAUGUCUUCAUUUAUUGAAAAACAUGAAGUAGGGGAGUAAAAUCAUUAUCUAAGUACACACUUCACAAUUAUAAUAAAAAGUUAUGCAAACAUAAAAUAAAAUUUAAAAAAAUGAGGAAAUGAGACAUCCAGGCAUCCCGGAGAGUUAAAUGUGUGUUUCUGUGUCUUAUUUAAGGAUAUCUUAAUUGAUUUUUUUUUUUUUUUGUCACCAGUUUCUUUUGUAAAUGUCUGUAAACAGGCAAAGCUCAAACUAGCACAAGAGAUUGUUACUUGCACAAAUUCACAGUGAGGUUUAUUGCUUUCAAACACGUGCCUUGAAUGCUUUUACAGUGCUAGCUUUAGGCUGCGUGAAUUAGCCACGCACCACAUUUAAACCGAGGUGCUAAUGUGACCCAUUUAAACGUCUGCACCGAUAGAAAACGUGAUUCAAACCAGCGUUUUGUUUUUCAUUCUCAUCCCAUCUCUUCAUCGUCCUCCUUUUUUAAGCUGUUUAGUCACUAAAGUUGCAGUGAUGCUGCCGUCUUUGCCACUUGAAAUUAAAUCUUGAGCUGUGUUGUGUGUUAAAUUAUAAAUCUAGAAUAUGAAGAACGUGCAUCUAUUUUACAAUUGUGUACAGUAAAAAAAAAAAAAAAARKUUCACCUAMMUCCGGUUAGGACAAACAUACAAAUGUAGAUCAGAUUCAGAGAGUUUUGCAUUGUUUCUAGAAAAGUAGCAAUAACAUGAAUUCAGAGAAAGCUSUUUGACAUGGAGGUUUUAUAAUAAAAUAUGUAUGACCUAAACAAGUGUCAUGUUGUGUUUUGGCAAAAGAAUGAAUCAGUAUAUGGAGUUUUAAAGACAGUAUGUCUGGGUUAUUAUUUGUUUGUCAUAUAUUUUGUUAAAACCUGAGGAUAAUUUUUAAUCUGUGUGUGUGCAAAGUCUGAAGUGAUAACACAGAGAUUUGGAGCUGUGAUUGGAACAAAAGGUAGUUCUACAAAGUUUUGACUCUGUGGGGCUAAGCACAUCUGCACCCCCACUUUUCUUUUUUUUUCAUGUAUUGUUUCCCUUUUCACUUGACAAUUAUGACUUGCUUUGUUUUGUUUUGUUUCAUCGCGUUAAAUCACAGUAAAUAACAUAGAGGUUCGCUGUAACAUGAGAAAAU